GGCAGCUCAGUGAAGGACGGCUAUCUACCAUUUUGUUUCAGCGCUAACACAAAGGAAAACGUUGUUCGUGACGUAAAAAACGUCACUUGGUAUAAAACCCAAGUCCCUCCCGCCCGGGCUCAUUCCUGGAUUUGUUCAGAGGUAUGAAUUUGCUUUGGCGAAGACUGAUCCGUCGAGGACUUUGAACAACUCUACUCAAAUUCAUAUUUUUUCUUCAAGUAUUGGACAUUUGAUUACUAUUUUUGCCUCAAGUUUGUUCCUGAAGGAAAGGCUAGCCUUUAACUAUAACAGCCCCACCCAUAAGAAGUAUUUCAGUUGAUAUUAAAACCAUGAAGGUUGACGAUAUAAACUUGAUGAAAUAAGAGAUAUAAGUGCCUGAAAAGCACACUCUAAUACACCCGAAACGCUGAGGAUCUAUAGUGUCAAUAAUAUGGCAGGGGGGCCCGUGGACCCCAGGGAGAUCCUGAAGGGAGUGGAGUCUCUGCUGGGGAAGGAUGGAGAGCUCCGCAGCCUGGAGGGAGUCCCCAAGGUGUACAGCCUGAUGAAAGCUACUACUAAGAUGGUCAGUAGGUGUAUGUACCUGAGCAUCCUGCUGCAGACCAAAUCCCAUGAUAUCCUCAACAGGUUUAUCAGAGUCGGGGGCUACAGGAUGCUCAACGCCUGGCUCACCUACUCCAAAACCACCAACAACUCCCCCGUGCUGCAGCUCAUCUUGCUCACCCUGCAGAAGCUCCCUCUCAAAGUGGACCACCUCAAACAGAACAACACCGCCAAGCUGGUGAAGCAGCUGAGUAAGACUGCAGAUACAGAAGAGCUGAGGAAGUUGGCGACCGUGCUCGUGGACGGCUGGAUGGCUACCAUCCGCUCCCAGAGUGUGUCCAGCGCUAACUCUCCUGCAGAUAAGAAGAAGAAGAAAGAGGAGGCCAAGGUGGCAGUAAAGGAGGUGAAGGAAAAGAUUGUGGUGGAGGAGGAGAAGAAGAAGGAGAAACCCAAAGCUCAUGCUCCCAGCCACACCAAGAUCCGCUCCAUAGGAUUGGAAAUAGACACCCCCAACCCAGCCCCUGCUAAGAAGACGCCCGUCGCCCCUCAGCUGGGGGACAAGUACAACAUCAAGCCCCCUGUCCUCAAGAGGCCAAGUUCUGGUCCAACAGAAGCCCCGCCUCUGGAGAAGAAAUACAAACCGUUAACCAUCAACUCCGCCAAAGAGAUCAAGAUCAAGCUCAUUCCAGCUCAACCCAUGGAGUGCACCGGGUUCCUCGAUGCUCUGAACUCUGCUCCAGUGCCCGGGGUCAAAAUCAAGAAGAAGAAGUCUGCUCCGACGAGUCCAGCUGGGAACAAGGCUGUGUCCCCCACGUCUAACAAGGCAAACCCCUUUGACAGCAGCAAACCCGCUGUGUACUCUUCAUCUCCGACUAAACCUUCAUCUCCUGAAGGAGCUGCCUCCAUCACGCCUGCGGAUGACAUCCUGGAGCCAGAUCGGCCGGGGACCCCCGUCCCCUCGGAGGAGCCCGAGGCCUCUGACAACGGUGAGACGCCUAACGCGCUGGCAGAACCUCGGGGGGAGGAGGAGAGUCUGACCAAGAAGGGCAAGAAGAAGAAGACGGUCCACUGGGCGGAGGAGGAGCAGCUCAAACACUACUUCUACUUUGACCUGGAUGAGACAGAGCGAGUCAACGUCAACAAGAUUAAGGACUUUGGUGAGGCCGCCAAACGGGAGCUGAUGAUGGACAGGCAGACGUUUGAGAUGGCCCGCCGCCUCUCCCAUGACACCAUGGAGGAGAGGGUCCCCUGGUCCCCGCCGAGGCCCCUGACGCUGACGGGCUGCCUGGUCAGUGCCGGGGCCAACAGCACAGAGAAACUGACCCAGAGAGACCGCGAGAUGGGCAUCCUGCAGGAGAUCUUCCUCACCAAAGACAGUGUGCCGGACAAUCCACAUGAACCAGACCCAGAGCCGUAUGAACCCAUGCCCCCCCGAAUCAUCCCACUGGAUGAGGACUCUUCCAUGGGGGAUGAUGGCUACGCGGAGCCCAUGGACACCCAGCCGGGCUCCAUGGCCCCGGGCGAGAGCUCCAAGCUGCCUCCUGUCCUUGCCAACCUCAUGGGCAACCUGAAUAACAGCUCCCGCAGCCCGCAGACCAACCCCGUCAGCAGCCCUGUGGCUCCCACUGUCAACGUGCAGGAGCUGCUCACCUCCAUCAUGGGCGCCUCUGGUAACCAAUCGACUGAAGACCUGAUCAAGCAGCCCAACUUUUCCGACAAGAUCAAACAGCUGCUGGGCUCCUUGCAGCAGACCCAGAACCAGAACCCCAACGGACCUCCACCAGUCAACCCGGGUCUGCUGGGUCACGGUCCGGGCAUGAACAACAUGAACAUGCACAUGCCGAUGCCCAUGAAUGGCGGAUACCCCCCCAACAACCCCCCCGGCGCUCCCCGCUUCAACCACCCUCCACCUCCGCACAACCACGGCCCCCCGUUCAACAGCGGCGGGGGCCCGCGCAUGAUGGGGCCGCCGCCGGGCCAGGGCCGAGGAGACAACGGGAACUACUGGGGAGACGACUCCAUGAGAGGAGGGCCGCCCAGGGGGGGCCACUUCCACAGAGGAGGGCGGGGCCGUGGGGGGGGAGAGCCGGGCUUCAGGGGCCGAGGACGAGGGGGGCCCAGAGGAGGACACAACAACAUGAAUGACAUGUCCAAGAGGCCUGUGUGUCGUCACUUCAUGAUGAAGGGCAGCUGCCGGUACGAGAGCAACUGUGCUUUCUACCACCCUGGUGUCAACGGACCCCCACUGCCCCCAAACCACCCCGCCAACAACCAACACAACCAGCACCCGCAGCACGGACACUAGCCUGGGAACAAUGGUUGGCCCCCGGAGGAGCCGUUCCUUGAUCAAACUGCAGCUCUGUGAGAGCAGAGAGACUGAUCCUGCAGGGACUGAGCUCUGCCUCACUGACGCACUGUGUUUUUACCGGCAUCAUUUUAACAGUGAGACUGAAACAUGCCACCACUUGACCACUAUGUGUGAGCUGCUUCAUCAACAUGGUCCACCAAAGGAGUGUCCUAAGCUCUUCAUACGACUGAAUGACCUUCUCAUUGUGGCUGUUGUACUGUGUACCUACCUGAUAUUGCUUCAUAUUCCUUCAUGGGUCGGUUUGUACAGAAGUCGGCAAGUUUGACCUUCCUGUGUGAUACUGGAAGCACUUUAUAAAGAAAAAGGCCAAUAGAAUUUAGACACAGCCAUGAUUCCUUAAAAUGGGCCUAAGGAAGAACUGCACAGAAUCAAAACUGCUUUCUUAACUUGAACUCUGCUGACCUUUGAGACUUUUUUCCAGCAUUGAAGGUGAUAAGAUUAAGAAGAACGGCAGUGUGUGUUAUCAAGCUUUCUUCUGUGCACUCGCUUCAGUCAGAGCGUCAGAUGGACGUGUGUGUGGCGUGAAAAUCAUGAGCUUCUAACAUGAACGCUUCAGAAGCAGCCGCUGCUGCUGCUGCUGCGUGUACUCUGUGUUAUCUGUGGGUCAGAUAUAUGGAACGUUUUCUGUGAAAACUUUGACCUUUGUGUCUCUUGUGGGACGGUAAGAAUGUAUUGGUUCUUGUUGCUCCCUCCACCGUCUGUGUUUUUUAUUUUAUUUUGAUGCAAUCUUGAGACCUUUGGCCCUUUUUAGAUGGGUUCAUUAUGAAACGAUUGUAUGAAUACAGAAUACACAUUCAUACAGUCGUAUUUUCAGUUGAAUUUUUUUGUACACAGUGUAUUGAAUAAACGUCCAAACAUAAAUA